AUGCAGGGGCCGCUGGAAGGUCCUGCCAAGCCUCCCGAGCUCAUCAAGUUCACCACAGCACAGUCGGUCGGCGACGCCCUGAAGGCGCUGGCCGCCUACAACAUCCUGAGCGCCCCAGUCAGCGAUGCCGCCACCGGCGAAUAUGUGGGCAUGGUGGACGUGGCAGACAUCAUGGGCAGCAUGUUGCGGGGCGUGUAUCCCGAGCUGCUAGAGAAGGGAUACCUGGAGCAGCACAAGCGGCUGUCCAUCUCAGAGCUGCAGUCAGUGGGUGUGGAGUUUUGCUCCCGGAAGCUGAGCAACCUGCUGCAUGGAGGCGACCUCUGGUUUAAAGGCGACACAGAGUCCAAUCUGCUUGAGGUGGUGGAGACGGGCUUCCGGGUCAGGGCCCCCCGCAAGCUGCACGUGCCCCACCACCACCUGAAGGUGCACCACCGAGUGGCGGUGUUUGACAUCCUGCCAGGCGAGCAGACGCCCGAUGGGCCAGUGCCAGAGUGGCACAUCACAGACAUCGUCAGCCAGACAGACGUGGUGCGGUUCCUGGCGGCGCAGAUAGACAGGCUGGAUGCGGCCUUUAACCUGCCGGUGUCCCAGCUGGGGCUGGUCACCCACGAUGUGGAGACAGUCCCCGGCAGCACGCCUACACUAGCAGCCUUUGCCGCCAUGCACCGCAGCGGGCUCUCUGGGAUCGGCGUGACCGAGGCGGCGGGCGGCCCACUGCUGGCCAACCUCAGCAUCAGCGACCUGCGCGGACUCACACCAGACAGGUUUGGCGCACUGGCACUUCCGGUGGGUGCCUUCCUCCUGCUGCAGAAGGGGCGCGGCCUGCGGUGGGAAGACUGCCUCACCGACCAGCUGCCCGAGGCGGUCAGGGAGGGGCGGUGGAGCGAGGCGCUGGCCAGCAUCCCGCUGGUGACCUGCGGCCCUGAGGCGGCUCUCAGGGAGGCCAUCGGCCAGCUGGUGGAUCACAAGAAGCACAGGCGAGUGCUGUGUGGCAUGGUGUACAUUGUGGAUGGCGAGGGGCGGGCCAUCGGCGUGCUGACGCCCACCGAUGUGCUGCGCAUGGUGUCUCAGUGA